UGACUGAGGAACCACGUGGAAGCGAGACAUCCGAUGAGUAAAAGGAAGGUUUAUUCAUGCGAGAAAUUCGAAUUCAUAACCCAUUGUAAACAAAGUUUAUCCAAUCAUGAGAGAUGUCAUAAUCCUGUGCAUCGACGAGAACGCUGGACUCAAACGACAGGUUGUGAGUGUCCCUUGUGAGAUAUUCAACAACGUAAUUUUCGAAUGGCCUCCUUCUUAUUUCCAUUUCCUUGGAUGGGAUUACAUAGUUGACUAGUGGCAAGGUCGUGUUCCUUGUAAGAAAGCUUGUUUCAAGACGAACGGUCCCUUUGCUCUAUAGCAUUCACCUGCCUGGACUUUGGUCAGGCUCCUCAGUUCAUCCUUCUGACCCUUCUAAAAAUAUAUUUCUUGUGCACGUACAUAGACAAGGGUUUGUGUUAAGCACACUUACGAAUCAGUCAGCAUUCUAUGCACACACACUCAAAAAUCAGCUCUUCCGGUCCAUUUUGUCGUCUGUUUUGAAAAUGUUGGACAAUCAUAAGGUCGGUAUUCGGAUAACGUAGACAUUUCGACGCCGUGCGUAAUUCAGGAAAAGUGCAGUUUUGCUUAUAAAUUCGUAAACUCAUUUAAACUGAUUUGGAAAUGCAGAAUUAAGAAAAUGGGCUCAAAACAAGAAAAAGUUUGGAAAUGCUCCACCUGCUCAAAAACAUUUCCAACUAAGCAGAGAUUAACCAAUCAUAUUGUCACGCACGACCCCGAGGCGAAGGUGAAAUGUCAGAUUUGCGGAAAAUUCUUCAAAAAUCCUCAAACCUUAUCAUCCCACAUGUCAAGGCUUCAUAGUAAUAGGAAACGACCAAGUUGUACCCUUUGUCACCGGGUGUUCUGUUCACCUUCCUACCUCUGGAAACACAUUGACGCAGUCCACCGCAGGACCGAACGGCCUCGAUUUACAUGCGAAUUUCCAGGAUGUGGGAAAACCUACUUGAACAAGGAAGAUGCAUCGCAACACAUAAAAUCUGAACACACCGAGAAUCCGACCCGAUUUCCGUGCACUCUUUGCGGCAGAGAAUUCAAAAUCCGACGAUACCUUCAGGCACACAUUUCCACCCACACGACGGAGAAGGCGCACAUUUGCUCCACGUGUGGGAGGAGGUUCGCCCAACGGUCAGCCAUGAAUGCUCACGAGGUGACACAUUUGGAAAAGUCGCUGCGAAAGAUUCUAAAGUGUGAACUUUGUCCUCGCACUUUCUUUUCUGGAGCUGACUUACGACGACAUGUUCAAUUUGUGCAUGAAAAUCGCAGGAAUCAUCCUUGUACAUUUUGUCACCAACGAUUCUCGACCUCUUCCGAUAUGCGGCGCCACGUGGCGGCGAGACAUCCCGCGAAUAGUGAGAAGAUUCAUUCCUGCGACAAAUGUGAAUUCAUGACCCACAUGAAACAAUAUUUAGUUCAACACGCGAGGCGUCAUAAUCCUGCGCAUCGACGAGAAUGUUACUUCUGCAGAAAAGAAUUUUUCCACUCUUCGGCACUUGUGCAACACUUUCGUCAUCAUACCCUAGAGAAGAAUCUGGGAUCACAAAAAUGUAACUUUCAUCAAAAUCAUGAGGAGAAGGAGGCAUGUCCAUGUCCAGCUGGGCCGAUGAAGUCGAGGAGGAUGACGAACGAGUGGAUCGUAUUGCCGACGGCGCCUCGCACCUCUCGCGGUCCAGCUUAUGAAGAUGCGCAGAUUCCAAAAGUGAAGUUGAAGCACAUGACAAUAAAGCAUUUUCCGUGGUUUUCAAAGCUUUGAGGGGGCGUUGCGGCGGAAAUUUGGCCAUGGCAGCAGUAGCGUACCAACGGUGGUAUAUCAUGGUCAGGCCUGCGGCCCGAAGGGGCCCGCGCGAGGUCGGCUGCUUAACACUAGAUAUAAUGGACUUUUUGUGCAUUGAGUAUUUUACAAAAAAAUACAAAAAAAAAACAUAUUUCGAGACUAAUAAUAAUCUU